ACAGAAUCAGCAGCACGAUAUUUUGCAAGUGCUGCUGGUUUGGUUGGCCAAGCAAAGAUGGCAGCAGCAGGUCUCCAGCUGUUUGGGAUGGUGCUUGGAAGCAUUGGAUUUGUUGGUGACAUCAUCAUUUGUGCCCUGCCGAUGUGGAAGGUGUCUGCUUUCAUUGGAAACAACAUUGUGACGGCUCAGGUCUUCUGGGAGGGCCUGUGGAUGAACUGUGUGCAGCAGAGUACUGGACAGAUGCAGUGUAAGGUUUAUGACUCCAUGUUGGCUCUGCCCCAGGACCUGCAGGCUGCCCGUGCCCUGGUUGUGAUCUCCAUCCUGGUUGCUUUAUUGGGAAUCCUGCUUUCUAUUGCUGGGGGGAAGUGCACCAACUGCAUUGAGCAUGAAGAGGCAAAGAGCAGGGUGGCCAUUGCUGCUGGGGUGUGCUUCAUUGUUGCUGGGAUCCUGUGCCUCAUCCCAGUGUCGUGGUCAGCCAAUGAGGUCAUCAAGGAUUUCUACAACCCUAUCCUAAUGGAAGCACAGAAAAGGGAGCUGGCAAAGAUGGCAGCAGCAGGCCUCCAGCUGUUUGGGAUGGUGCUUGGAAGCAUUGGAUUUGUUGGUGACAUCAUCAUCUGUGCCAUGCCGAUGUGGAAGGUGUCUGCUUUCAUUGGAAACAACAUUGUGACGGCUCAGGUCUUCUGGGAGGGCCUGUGGAUGAACUGUGUGCAGCAGAGUACUGGACAGAUGCAGUGCAAGGUUUAUGACUCCAUGUUGGCUCUGCCCCAGGACCUGCAGGCUGCCCGUGCCCUGGUUGUGAUCUCCAUCCUGGUUGCUUUCUUGGGAAUCCUGCUUUCUAUUGCUGGGGGGAAGUGCACCAACUGCAUUGAGCAUGAAGAGGCAAAGAGCAGGGUGGCCAUUGCUGCUGGGGUGUGCUUCAUUGUUGCUGGGAUCCUGUGCCUCAUCCCAGUGUCGUGGUCUGCCCACGUGGUCAUCAUGGACUUCUAUAAUCCUCUUCUAAUUGAUACACAGAAAAGGGAGCUGGGUGCAUCACUCUUUAUAGGCUGGGGAUCAGCAGGACUCCUGAUCAUCGGUGGAGCUCUGCUUUGUUGUCACUGCAAGAGAACGGAGGACAGUCGGUACUCCGUUAAAUACUCUGCUCCACGCUCAGCAACUAGCCGUGGUGCCUGAAAGGCAAGCUGCACCUGGGGAUGCUGAAGUUUGCUUCAAGAAUUUUAAUUUGUCUUUUAAUAAAAGUUUGGUUUUAAAAA